CCCUAUUUCGGCAAAGGAGUCUACUGUGUUAUGGAAGACGCUAGCUUCAGUGCUUUUUAAAGGAAUUAUGAAAGCAGCUGCUCUUGCCAUCGCCCUAGUCGCCGCCGCCAUCGUUAUUCAACAGACGACAUCGGCUCGAAAUAAAGAAAAAGCAAAAUUUCUUGUCGGGAAACCAGGAGCCUAUUACGUUGGAAAUGAACGUAAACGAGACAGAUUCAGGCCCAAGAGGACGUCGAAAGCACCAGGGGCAAACGGAAAGAAGCAUCUAGCAAUGUCUGCAGCAAAUCUUCAAGGAACUGAGAAUGAGAGCAGGGAAAUUAAUUCUUUGCAAUCUCCAGGACAACAGCUUGGCGGAGGUGAAACUAUGGGUAACGAAUUGAAUCUCAUCUCCCAAGCGGCUGGACCCGGGAAUAUGGCAAUACCACCAAUGAGUGGAUACGGUGGAAUGAUGGAACUAAUGCCCAUGGGGAUGAGUAUGGUUCCGGGCAUGGGAAUGAGCAUGAGUAGGGGUAUGGGUAUGAGGAAUGACAUGAGUAGUGCCAUGAUACCACUGGUUGUGGGCAAACUAGGCCAAGCUCUUGGACGUACUGCCGCCAUGGUAGCAAAAACAUUUGCGAUGAGAAAGCGAAAGUCCAGUGCAGCCGCAGCCGCAAGUAGCCGUCCUAGGAAUACGGAAUAUCCCCAUGGCGGUGGUGGAACAAAUGCCAAUACCUUUGCAGGUGGCGGUGCCGCCGCCGCAAGUAGCCGUCCUAAGAAUAUGGAAUAUCCCUAUGGCAGUGGUGGAACAAAUGGAAGUACCUUUGCAGGUGGCGGUGUGAUGGGAACCUCAAACCAGCCUGGGCCCGCACAAAGCGUCACCGGUAAUUCUAGAGUGGCUAACAGUAUCCCAAGCGAAACAAAUCUUGUACAGGAGUACAGAGGUGAAGGCUACUCCGUCGGGAAUGCUACACAGUGGGAAUAAACUCAGGUACCAGGAAGAAGGCAAAAUAAGAAGACUGGAUGCACCAGGAAGAAGACAAAAUAAAGUAUUUGGUAGCUUCAUGCCAACCUGCAACAUUGGGGAUCAUGAUUUCCCCCAUACUUCUAUUCUCACUUGUAUUGAAUGCUUCUGCAAAACUGAUAUGCUGAAUUAAAAAAAAAUGAAGUC